ACCAACCAACCACAUGUUUGGCCACAGGAAUUUUACAAAAGAUGUAACCUGGUUACAACUAAUGACCGUGGCGAGGUGAGGCAGAGGUGACAUGUCGUCGAGAGGCUCAAUUAACGCUGCUUGAACGGAUUUAUCUGUCGAGCAAAUCAGUGGUUUGGCAAAAAACAUUGCUAUUGCUGCACUCGUUGUUGUUGUUGUCACGCUGCUUCAGACUGCGUACGGUUUACAGCUGACGAUGCCAUCGCUAUAUGUAGACGCUGGGGAGGGAUACUGGGGGAAAAGGAGCUCAACCAUCGACUGGUGUGAAGAAAAUUAUGUCGUCACACAUUAUAUUGCAGAAUUUUGGAACACAAUCAGCAACUUGAUCAUGAUCAUUCCACCUCUACUCUGUGCUGUCUAUUAUCUUCGGAACGGCUUAGAGACACGCCUGGUCAUGUGUCAAAUUAGUCUACUGGCUGUAGGUCUGGGCUCCUGGUGUUUUCACAUGACACUUCUAUACAGCAUGCAGUUGCUUGAUGAAUUGCCCAUGAUAUGGGGAACUUCCUUUCUCCUCUAUUCUCUGUUGGAGUUGGAGAAACCUUUGUUCACUCGCAAUCAGCUGUUACAAGUGGGCCUUUUUAUGUACUGCUUAGUGGUAACUGUGAUAUACCUUCUUGUCAGAAAUCCAUUAUUUUUCCAGGGCAGCUAUGGCCUCAUGGUCUUUGCAGUGGUCAUGAAAUCCUGGCACAUCAUAUCACGCCAUGGCUGGAAGCUGAGAUUGAAGAUCCACGUGCUGGCUUUAUUGAGUUACUGCACUGGUGUCAUACUGUGGUUGAUUGAUCAACAUUACUGUAGCAGUGUGCGGGCACUCAGACAGCACAUGGGCCCUGGAUUGGGCACAGUGACACAGCUCCACGCUUUGUGGCACCUCUGUGCGGGCUUUGGUACAUACAUUGGCAUUCUCUUUGGAUUUCAUUCCCGCUAUGUCAUCCUCCGAAAAAGGCCUCAAGUGAACUACCUAUUGGGAGUUUGGCCUUACCUGGACCUAGAACAGCCACUAAGGUCGUUGUAGAUGAGAACAAAACAGCCUGCUCAGAUACAUGCACUGUGGCUUGAUCAGUUGAAAUGUGUCAUGGACCUAGAACAGCCACU